GACGACAUUUGGCGGAGCCAUGGUGCGACAUUUGGCGAAGCUGAUGUGACACCUUUUUAAACAAGUAAUUGAAAUAAUUGUGAGAUGACAAGAUGAGGUAGUGGCAUAGACUCCCUUAAAAAGAACGCAGAGAUCAAGCGGAGAGAAUAAGCGGCUUUCCUCUUCUUCGGAAUCUUCGCCGAUCUCCUUUCAUUUUCUUCGUCGUCAAUCGCCUUUCAAUUAUGUGCUUUCCUUCACCAUCUACUUUCCUUCUUCGCCAUCUUAGACUACAAGAACCACGAAUUCAGGUUUCCUUUCUCAAUUAUAUCAAUUAUAUUCGGUGGUAGCCUAUUUCUCUCAAUUAAAACCUAAAUUUCGGCGUAUCAAUGAUUCUUUCGCAAUAUCAGGUUCGAGGUUUAGGAACUCCUUGAAAGAAUUGGAGGUGUUAGUCAAAUACUCCAUGUAGAUCAAGGACAGGACUCCAACCAUGGAUUUUGGCAGACAUAGUAGAAUAAAAUGGCAACUUUCAAAGGGGUAUAAAAGAUUCCAAUUUCACCAAUUUUGUUUUUUUCUAGAUUCUCUUUCAAUUUCAAGAAAUUAUUUUGAAUAAUUUAUUAAGCUUUCAGAGCCUUGCGCUAAUGACUCCUUGAGAAGUGGCUCGCUUUGUGUUGUAAAAACUAUGGCUGAAGGUGUCACAACUACAUGGUGGGCGUGGAGGUAUUCUAACAGUCCUCUAAUUACAUUAUUCUCUUGGAUUUUACCAUAGUUAGACAUUAGGACAUGAAAUUAGAAGUUGGCGAGAUCAGCUUUACAGGUACAACACCAGUGGAAUGGUGGAAUGGUGGCAGAACAAAUAUUGAGGCCAAAAUUGAUUUAUUUGCAGCUACCAACUUCCGCUACAGUUUUUCGCGUCUACUCUUCGCUAAAGGAAAGGAGGAAGAAAGUUUCGACUUACGAAUAAUUGGCGAGAAUCCCGGAUGGAAAUCUGAAUUUUUCAGCGAUUCAAGAACUAGAAAUGUGGGUGUGUUUUUGGAUGCUUGAUGCGUUCUCGGGGUGGUGCCCAAAGCACAAACUUUCUUGGGCAGAAUUUCAAUGAAAGGCAGUAAUAGCACAACUCGGAAUUUUAUAUUUCAAGACACAUGCGAGGAGAGCCUUGAAGCUGUUGCUGGAAUGUUUACCAGUAAAUCUAAAGGAGUUGAGUGGAGCUUGGAUAGUGAUGCAUCCAAUACUGCUGUCUUGGUUGCUAGUGAGGCCAAUGCAGUGACAUUGGCAAUUGAAGGCCUGCUUGGAAUUGUUUUUGCUGUGGCCACUUUGACUGAUGAGGCAGUAGAUGUUGGUGAGCUUGAAUCACCGAGAUUUGAGGUUGGUCCACCAACAAAAUGCACAGGAAAGACGGCAAUGCUUUGUACUUCUAUGGUAGACUCGAUAUGGCUGACCAUUCUUGAUGCUCUGUCCUUCAUCUUGACGAAGUCUCAAGGUGAAGCGAUUGUGUUAGAAAUAUUGAAGGGUUAUCAAGCAUUUACACAGGUGACAACUUUUUGAACUUGACAUCCACUUUAUAUUUUAAUGGUUCUCUUGUUUGAUAAUAUUAUUUUUAGCAGUUGAGCCUUUGAAUUCUUUUCUUACAUCGCUUUGCAAAUUUACAAUCGGCAUCCCAAAUGAAGUUGAAAGGAGAAGGUAGGAAUCUUGACUAGCUCAGGGUGAAAGU